AUGGCUACAUCUUCUGCUGUCCUCUCGAAGACGUUGCAGUCACUAACCACCACCAAAGUCAAAGAGCUUCGCAAGCAGAAGGAAGCUUUCGAAGACAAGAAAUCCGAAGUCAUCAGACAAGUUGAUAGCUCGCCACAGCAACGUACGAAGGUCAAGCUGCUCCUCAAGGCAUUGGUCGAAGGCGAUGCAGGCAAUCUCUUGAAAUUUCAAGUCGGCGAUGAUCCUUCAUUUGAACGAGUGCGACGCUUUCUCGACCAGUCUGAAUACGAUUCCCUUGUGGACAAUCAACUGCUAGGCGAGUAUGAGGCUGAUCUUCGCCAGAAGCUGGGCCAGCAGACAACGAAAUUUGAAUUCGCGGAUCUCUACUCGAGACUUCUCACCGAAUGGCUGACCGCCGGUGCUGGUUCAUCUGGUCCUGCAAAUGACAUGACACCUGAUGAUAGCUCAUCCAUGGAUGGCUCCUUUGCCAUGGUAGAGAAGGACAGACUUCAGCAACUUCGCGAUAAGUUUGCCGAAGUCGUCUUCACGCCUCUGACCACUGAUGAUUCCAAAAUCACUGAGUACCUCGAAGACGUCUUUGGCGAUGACGAUACUGUCAAGCCUCUUGCGGCUUUGAGGGCACGCGUUCAGGAGUUCGGCAGAACGCUCGCUAACAGACCGAAUCCAUUCGAUCAAUAUUCGCUUAAGUGGGCGAUCAAGGGCCUUCUGAAGGAGGAACUUCUGAGUGAAGAGAAGCGAAUGAUUCUAGAAGAGUUUCACAACAAUCCGACCGUGCUGACUGAGAUAUCUGAUGUUCUGAAUAUGAGGUUCAGGAACCUAGCCCACUGGUCGUGGGAUGCUGACGACGGCAUGGUCAUCCAGGCACGGCCGCAGCUGAAUGGUAAGUGGAGAGUGAUGAUGGAUGAAGACAUUCUCCAGGCGCUACUAUUGCACUACGUUGCUGUCGCCUGGUGUGUCGAAAUCAAGGAUGCGUUUAGAGACUUUGUUCGCAGCCCAAAUGUGUGGAAGCAUAUCACUCCACCAAUGUCGCGCGAGGAUCAGCAACGUAUGCAUUAUUUCACCAACAGGAAGCCCCCGAGUUAUGCAGGACUUGCAGCGCAAAGGCAGAAUAAUUACGAUAGUACUUUCUUCUUGACGCAUCUGCCAAAUUCUGUGGAAGAAGGUUGCCGGGGAUAUGAGGAGGACAAUCCCUACGAAGAGGGAAUCGGUAUUUCGCCCGUCGAACUGAAGCAGAUGCUUCUGCGUCAACUAGCCACGGAAGCAAUCAUUCAACAAGCUCUACAUGGCGAAGCGGCAUUGAUUCAGACGGAUUUGAAGUGGUAUGCCACUAGUCUCGGACACAGUACAAUUUUCGCUGUCUGGAAGUUCUUUGGGCUUUCAGACUUUUGGAUGGACUUCUUUCGCAAAUUCUUGGAACCACCAAUCCAGAUGUCAGAGGAUCCUGAGAACCCAGAGCCCGUACGUGUUCGCAAGAGAGGAGUGCAGAUGUCCACUGCUUUCGAGCAACUGUUCGGCGAGAUUGUUCUAUUUCCACUGGACAUCGCCGUCAACAGAAAAGCUGACGGCUUGCUGCUGUACCGCAUCCAUGAUGACAUCUGGCUAUGCGGACAGCCUGUCAGCAUCGGGAAAGCAUGGGAAGUGAUGAACGACUUCUGCACUCUCAUGGGUCUGGAAUUCAACAUGAGCAAGACUGGAGCAGCAUACCUGCACAACGACACAUCACCGAAGCAAAUCAACCUCCCCAAAGGCGACAUCCGCGUAGGCUUCCUCCGUCUCGAGCCCGAGAUCAAGCAAUGGGUCAUCGACAAGCACCAAGUAAGCAUGCACGCCGCCCAACUAAAAAAACAGCUCGACAACUGCACCAGCAUCUUCUCCUGGGUGCAAACCUGGAACAGUUGCAUCGGCCGCUUCUUCAACCGCACCUUCGGCGCGCCCGCAAACUGCUUCGGCCGCCCCCACGUCAACAGCAUCCUCCAAACCCACAAAGACAUCCACCACUCCAUCUUCGGCGACCGCAAAGUCACUGACCACCUGCGCGAUCUCGUGGCCGCUAAGUUCGGCGUCACAGACUUACCUGACGCGUUCUUCUUCUUCCCCGAAGAGUUGGGCGGGUUGGGUCUGCGCAACCCCUUCAUCGAUCUGCUCGUCAGUCGCGAGCAACUUUAUGAGAAUCCCUGGGAUCGCAUGGAGAUGUGUUUCGCGGAGCAGCACGUCGAGUAUGAGCGCGCUGCCGCCCUUUUUGCAGCGCUUACGCCCCAUGAGAGGAAGACGCGCGCUCGUCACACCUAUGGCGGCGAACCCAUAUCCCAGUUCUGCACGUUUGAGGAAUACGUGAAGAAUCAGGAGCAAGUUUCCACUCCGCUGGUCACGGCCUACACGAGUCUUAUGGAGGUGCCGAGUAAGAGCGACAUUUGCGCUUCGGACGAGGUGCGCGCGGAAUUGAGCUCGUUGGUGGCCAAGUUUCCGAAUUUGAAGUGGUGGGAUUUGGAUUCGGAGCGGAAAUGGAUUCUGCAGCUGUAUUCCGAGAGUGUCUUGAGGACUUUUGGGGGGUUGGAGAUGGUGGAUAAGGCGUUGUUGCCGUUGGGGGUCAUGACGCUUUUGAGGGGGAAGAAGGUUAGUUGGCAGGCUGUGUUGUGA